UUCACACACACGCACACGGCAGCGCGAGGAGACUCAGCGCGAGGAGACCCGCUGUAAUAACGGUUUAUAACGUUAUUAUAAAAUAUUACUGCGUCCGGUCACUGACCCCAUCAUCUUCAUCAUCAUCAUCAUCACUGGACUUUACACUCAUUUAUCUUAAAUACUCAACCAGUGGACCAGGGCUUAACCGCAUCUAUUGAUGAUGGUGUUCCAGUCAGAACGAGCGCCGCUGUCCCGCAUCCUGCCGCAGCUUUACCUGGGAGCAGAGAGUGACGUCACACAGGACUGUCUGUCAGCUCGGGGGAUUUCGUACGUGCUGAGCGUGAGCCGCUGCUGCCCCCAGCCCUCGUUCCUGCCCCAGUCUCAGUACCUGCGCAUCCCCAUAGAUGACUCUCUGCGGGACGACCUGCUGCCGUGGAUCCCUCAGGCUCUGCGCUUCAUCGACGCCGCCUUGUCUCUCGGCUGCUCCGUCAUCGUCCACUGCGCCGCGGGGAUUUCCCGCUCUCCGGCUCUUGCCGUGGCUUACAUCAUGUACAGUCUGAGGAUGGACCUGGACCACGCUUACAGGUUUGUGAAAGAGCGCAGACCCACGAUUUCCCCAAACUUUAACUUCCUGGGUCAGCUCCAGCUCUUCCAGCACACACUCCCUUUGAAGAGCACCGACAGCAACCCCCACACCCAGCAGCCAAUCCCAUCACCCGACACAUGCAUGCAGUCGGUCAGUAGCAGCGCGUCUGCAGGGAUUACCACACAGGACGGUUGCGAUGUCAUUAACGGACACCGCGCCGACAUCAAAGCCGAAAGCGUCACGGUCCAGCCCGAGUUUACUUUGUCUCUCUCCGACAAGCUCAGAACUCUGACUCUCAGCCCAGAGUGUGUAGAGGUGCAGAGACGAGCCUGCACUCACUUGGAAACACACUCUCAAACACACGCACCCACGCCAAAGAAACCCACACACCUUCACAUCCAGUCCAUCUCAGAAAAGAGAAAAAGCCUCACCCUGUCUCUGACGCCGCUCGGCCCCGCCGCACCAGCACGUGCUGACCAGCAGAGGGCGACAGCACACACCGGCUCGAGUCAGAACAAGUCCUGCAGUUCUCCUUCUGCCCACAAGGGGGAGACAGGAGACCAUGGGAAAGAACCAAAGCCUGCCAUGAGCAGAGGAACAUCAAUGACAAGAUGCAGCAGGACACAGAAGAGAAGGAGCGAGGAGAAGAGCGGCUCUCCUGCCCCUCACAGGGUGAAAGAGGAGCAAGCGCAGGUGAGGUCAGGGCUGCAGAGACGAGAGCGGGGCAGGAGGACGGUGCAGGCGCACACCCCGAGCCUGUGCGUUUCCACUCGUCGCCAGCAGGAGGCGACAGGAGGAGAUCUCUCGGGCUGCGCGGUGGAGGCCGUGGAGAUGAUGGACGGAGAUCAGAGUCUGGUGUCGCCCAUCAACCUCACCAUCAACAGACUGCUGGGCUGGGGCGAGCGCAUGUUGCUCGGGGUUCUGCUCGGCCCGCACAUCAAGGUGGGCCACGCCGCGCUGCCGUACAGGUGCUGAACACACACACACUCAACCAUGAGCAACAAUGUCCACUGGAUCCUGCUAGUAAAGCAUCUGAGGCUGAGGAGACAGCGUGUGUGUGUGUGUGUGUGUGUGUGUGUGUGUGUGUGUGUGUGUGUGUGUGUGUGUGUGUGAUUCCGACUGCACCAGACUGCAUGUAGGUCUUUAAUUCCAUUGCUUUUUGUCAUAAACAUGUUGUUGAGAGUGUGUGUGUGUGUGUGUGUGUGUGUGUGUACACGUGAGUGGACACCUGCCUGUCACCUGAUUAUUUAUUUAAUUAUUGAUUAUUGUUAUAUUUAUAAACAGAUAUUUUGGGGUUGGCUCUGCUGUUGU